GUAGAGACUGUGGUAGGGGAGCUACUACGUUUUCUGCUGACCUUGGUAUUUAUCUAGAAGGUCAUUCUUGAGCUACACUUGCUUGUUUCUGCAACAUCAACUGACUAGACUUUACACAAGUUUGUUCAUCAUGCUGUUGAUUGCAAUCUUGGUGUAUCAGCUUGCACACCCAGUGAAAUCGUGGCACGACUUUGACAACAAACAAUACGACUGUUGGCCUUUAGCAAAAGAUCUAAAGCCAUCGGAUGACAUCCCAUGCAGCGGUCUUUCGGUAACAUGGAAAUUGAAGCCGCCGAAGCAGUUUGAACAGGACAGGGAAUUUAACGUGAGCUACUAUGUAGACGCCACGGACGACUUCUUUCAGUGGGCAGUGGAUCAACAUUACUUCAGUGAAACGUUCAAGAAUGGCUCUGAAGUAAAGAGAUUCUGUUUAGAUACUUCAUGCCCUGAUGCUACAGAAGCAAACGAAGAUAAUUGUUGUUUACACCAUAUCAAUGUUCACUCUUGUGCACGAGAGUCGAUUGCAUUUUGUGGUCCUUGGGUUCAACCAACAGGAACUAUAGCAACACACACAGAUGCCACUGCUGACAAACUGAGGCCAGAGACACCAAUCCAAACUACAGUUGCAUUAAAGUCUGCAGGACUCAACAGCAUUAUAGCCCAUAUCAAGAUUGGUAGAAUGCAAAUAGCCUUACAUGCAGAGACUUUAGUUAUAGCUAAGAAAUAUUGUGGAGAUGGACACUGUGAUUCAGACAGAGGAGAAAGUUGCAGCUCUUGUAAAAGUGAUUGUUGUCUUCUUUCUCCAGCAGAGAUAGGUGGUAUCAUUUCUGUUGCGAUUGUGAUCAUUCUUGUCAUAGCUCUUGCUGCAGUUUGGUACAUUUACAAAAAGAAGAAAAUGCUAUGGGAUGACAGUUGGAUUGUGGACUACAGUGACAUAAAGCCUAACACAGAGAUGCCUGGAUUUAUGGGAAGUACUAUAAGUCUGAUGCAACCGAAUGGGGUACAACAACAGCACAGGCAAAUUUUCAGCCAGACUGGAAGAUAUGAUGAACAAACAGUGGCCAUUAAGAAGGUGUACAAACCAAACUUCAGUGUUACUUACGAAGUACGAACUGAAGUCUUGAAAGUCAGACAACUAGAUCACACUAAUUUGUGCAAGUUUAUUGGGUGCUCGUUUGAUGGUUCUCACUUGGCUAUAAUAUCUGAGUAUUGCGCUAAAGGCAGCUUGAAUGAUGUGCUUCUUAAUGAUGAGAUUCCUCUAAAUUGGGAUUUUCGAUUUUCAUUUUCAAAAGACAUUGUUAGAGGAAUGCUCUAUCUCUACAACAAGAGAAUAUUACAUGGAAGACUCAAGUUGUCAAACUGUGUUGUUGAUGAUCGAUGGGUUGUGAAGAUCUCUGACUAUGGUUUACCGAGUCUUCGGCAGCAAGAUAACAAUGUCGUUGCCCAGUUGAAUUAUGAGGCUUACCAGUCUCAACUGCGUUUGUCAUAUUUGUCUCCAGAAAUAUUGCUAGGAGGUGAACCUUAUGCCUCCUCUGGCCCUGGAGAUGUCUACAGUUUUGGAGUAAUCUUGACAGAAAUUGGUUUAAGAACAGAAGCUAUUCCACCGGAAAACGUGAAAUGGGACGGUUCUUGGAGGCCUGAUAUCCCAGAUUUGGCUCAACCCGACGAAGGCAAGGAAAGCUUAUGUCCUUGCCCUGAAGAUUACAAAAAUCUUAUUAGACAAUGCUUAAAUAGCAUUCCAGACAGACGGCCAACGUUUGAUCAAGUGAAAAAAUGUAUAGUAAGAAUGCAUCCAGUUCGAGAGAAUCCUGUUGACAAUAUGAUGCGAAUGAUGGAAAAGUACUCUAAACAUUUGGAGAUCCUGGUUGGUGAAAGAACACAAGGCUUGGUUCAAGAAAAAGAACGGGCUGACCAGCUGCUAUAUAGUAUGAUUCCUCAAUCAGUUGUUGGUGAUUGGCAGCGUGUAGGUUUAUAUGCGAAAGCAUAUGAUACUGUAACCAUCUACUUCAGUGAUGUGGUGGGAUUUACAACGUUGUGUAGUGACAGUUCCCCAAUGGAGGUGGUCAACUUUCUCAAUGAUUUAUAUACAUGCUUUGAUGGAAUUGUUGACGAAUAUGAUGUUUACAAAGUGGAGACAAUUGGUGAUGCUUACAUGGUUGUCAGUGGGCUACCUGAGCCCAAUGGACAAAAACAUGCACAAGAAAUUGCUGGAAUGGCUCUGGACUUGUUAGAAAAGAGCAAACGAUUUCAGAUUCCUCAUCGUCCCAACACACCAUUUCAAAUUCGUGUUGGGAUGCACUCUGGUCCUGUUGUUGCUGGUCUGGUGGGUUUGAAAAUGCCCCGAUACUGUCUGUUUGGAGAUACUGUCAACACCGCAUCUAGAAUGGAAUCAACUGGCCUUCCUGACAUGAUUCAGUUGAGCGAUACUUGCUAUCAGUUCCUGCAGCAGUCAGGUGGGGGUUUCUCUUUGCAAUGCAGAGGUGAAGUCAACGUAAAAGGAAAAGGUAUGAUGACAACUUGGUGGUUGAUGGGAAGGGAUGGAGCAAUGUCAGGAAAAGAGAGUUUGGCAGGGAGUCGUGCAAGUCACCGUCGACCUACGCAUGGGAUGUCUAGCGUUAGAAAGAUAUCUUUACCGGGUGCAGUGCACCAGGAUUAGUGCACCAGAGUUAGUGGUACUAGAAUACCUGUAAUGCAGUCGAUAUUUUUCUAAGCAACAAAUUGACAUGAAUUACUGUUUGUACAAAAACUAAUUUUACAUGCAUAGUGACGUCGACAGUGUGAUGUAUAUAUAGUGUUUCAGUUUUUGAUAUAAUAUUUCUACCACGCUAUUAGCUAGGGUAUAAUUAUAUAAACAUACUAAAGUGUGGUAUGAUUACUAUGAACAUGUUUAUGAG